GUUGCUUAGUAACAGAUUCUAUUGUGUCGUAGCAUAAAGCGCACUGCAGACUUCAUGCACACAAAAUGAACAAACUGCGUGAAAGGCUCUGAGGCAAGGGUAUGAAGUCGGGUUAUAAAAUCGAUGCUCCAAAGAAACACAGCCAAGAAAAGGUGUUUCGUGCCAUCACGGAUGUCUACCGAGAUGAAGGAGGGAAACCGACUUCACACCAAGAGAGCCUUGCCACUCCGGUGGAGAGGGCUGAGAGACUGCUGAAGGGUAGAGCAGAAGGGGGAGACAAGCAGGCCCUUUUCCUGCUGGGACAGCUGUACUAUUAUGAGGGGCGCUAUGAGGAGGCAGAGAGAGUCUUUGAUGGCCUUAAGGACAGCGAUCCCAGAGCCCUCUUCCAGCUAGCUGUCAUGUAUUAUGAUGGCCUGGGCACUGCUAUGGAUCAAGCAAGGGCAGUGGACUACAUGAGGAGAGUUGUCCAGAGGAAUAACCCAGAGGCAGGCUCCAUCAGAUACACUGCUCUGUAUCACAUUGGCAUAGCCUACCUGGAGGGCUAUGGGGUCCAGCAAUCCAAUACAGAAGCAGAAAGUUACUGGCUCCUUGCUGCUGAUGAGGGAAACCCCAGAGCCUGUGUAAAAGCUCAGAGUUCUCUGGGUAUGUUCUACUCUAGACCUGAGACACAGGACCUCAAAAGGGCGUUCUUCUGGCACUCAGAGGCCUGUGGCAAUGGCAGUCUGGAGUCCCAGGGUGCACUGGGGAUCAUGUACUUGUAUGGUCAGGGCAUCCAGCAGGACCCCAAGGCUGCCAUUGAGUGCCUGAAGGAAGCGGCUGAGCGGGGGAAUGUGUACGCCCAGGCCCACCUGGCUGCCUACUACUACCACAGGAAGCUCUACUCCAGAGCAGCAGCCCUUGCCAAAAGGAUUACCAAUUACGAUGACAUUGCUGCCAUCGCCAUGGUCACCGACUGCCUGCCUGAAUACGUAAUUAAGGGCGUGGCCAUUGCUCUUUUCUACUACGCCCGAUGUCUGGAACUGGGAAAGGGGGUUCCUCAGAGCAAGGAGAAGGCCUGGCAAUACUUCACUAAGGUGGGCACACACAUUCAAAUGUAUGUCAAUGUCUGUCUUUUUGGUUGUGUGUCAGACCCCAGUAAAACUAGCUGUCGCCAUUGGCAUCGGCUAACGGGGAUCCUAAUAAAUCAAAUCAAAUUCUGCUUGACCCAUUUGCCUGAAAUAGCAACAUAAGUAUCAGUGAAGGCCAAUUAAGACGAGUAAGAUUUUACCUCUAUUCUGAUUCUCAUACUGGAAACUAUUCUCUUUGACUAGGCUGCUCGGCUAAACCCAGAAGUGUGCCAGGACCUCCAGAGGGACAUCAUCUUUAGCAGAAUGUAGAGAUCCACCAUCAUGACCUUAGUUAGGGAGUCCAGAUAGCAGUCUCCUCUGUUGCUUUGAGAUUACUUGAGUAAAUAUCAGAGCUAAAUGCUUUGUGCUCAGUGUGUGGGUUUGGUAUGGAUAGGAGUAUGGUGAUUGUGUGCCCAGUGUAAGAACUGUUUAAUAACUACAGACUCCACACAUUAGAAUGGUGUUACCGGUACUACUCUGCAUGAACUUGGGGUCCUUGAAUUCAGAUACAAUUUAUAUACAAUUGUAGCAUCCAAAUUCAGAUGGUUUCAAUUUCAUACAAUUCUGAGAAGCUUACAUUGACAAGUGGAUAAAUAACACAAAAAAAUAGUUAACAAGUCAUACAUUUUUCUUUUGCAAUUUAUUGCUUAUAAAUGCUCUAAACAAUUUUUGGGUAAAAAUAAAAUCUAUCAAUAAGUCACAAAUAAAAUUGUCACAAUGACUUUACAUGACAUAUUGCACAAUGAAGCCGUUCUACAAUGAACAUAAUGUAACAUUGGUGGGGAAUGUAUUUGAGGUCGGUAUGCAGCUCGUUUCUUCAUUAUAUGAGCACAACACUCAUCAUUUCACAACUAUUCACAUUUUGGAUCCAUAACAAAGUAAUCAAUCAAUAGCCUGGCUUUCUGCAACAGACCUUGGCAGUGGGACUGAUUUGUCAUUUUCAGCUACUGAACAAAACAAAGAAAUGUAAGGUAGUAACAGGAACAGAAGCUUGUCUCCCUAGUUUGAGCACUACAUAAUCAAAUGGAUUCAGAUAAAAGUACCGCAGAACAACAGAAAAGACAUCAUCCAUUCAGUUUAAUCUCAUUGUUUACUGUACCAUGCUGGAACAUUACAGUACCUCUGUGUUGAUGUUACAUUUCUCUUCAUGAUCUAUCUGUUGAGUUAAAAUAAAAAAAAA